UUCAACAACAAACAGUUGUUUACAUCUUUGGUGUCAGUCAGUCAGUCAGUCAGCUUAAUAAGUCAGUUGUUGUGAUGGGGAGUAUCGGCACUCAGACAGCAGGCUUUGUACCUGUAAGUUUCGGAUCUUUUGUAUUUAUCUCCACAAUUAAGAAUGAAGAUGCAUGCACACAGUGUUGCUUGCCACUGAAAAACGAUGCCAGUACUUCAACGGAUGAAUCAGCAAUAUGUGUGGAAAGUUUUAUGGCAAGCAAAACAAAUUGCCAUUCACCUAGUGUGAGAAAAAGGCGUGGACGCCCUAGAAAACAUCCUGUAUCUACUGAAGUUGGUUCUGAAGCUAAACAUGGCAAUGUUUCAUCUGAGGAACAAAAAAUAGAAACCCAUGAUGAAUUUGUUCACACCAGAAUUAAGAGAGAAAGGAAAGUCCCAGUGAAGUUUGAUCCCAGUGAUAUCUUCAAAACAACAGCUACAAGCAUACCAGCUUCGGAAUUCAAACUGAAUUCCGAAAUGGAGGAAAUCGAGACCAUUAAUGAAAAUAAUAAGCUCUUCGAUUCUGACAGCGACUGGACAGAUGAGGAGAUUUCCACUAACAAAACAUACAACUCACAUGAAGACAGCACCGAGACAAUCUUACAGAUCUCGGAUGCUGCGGAAAAGAGCACAACCAUUAGAUACCCUCAAAAUAAUAGGACAGAUAAUGCUUACCAUGAGGAAUCAGACAAAGAAAAAACAGGUGAAGGUGAACAUACAACACAUGGAAUAUUACACAAAGUGAAUGUCAUGAAAAAUGCUGCUGCUGAGGAGGAAGCUAUACCAACUUGUAAAAGAAAGAGAACAGUAAAUUACUCUGGAAGUAAAAGAAAACGAAAAUGUGCAGGGAGUGGGCCUUACACUUGUCAGCAGUGUCAGAUUGAUUUUAAACUAAUUUCAAUUUACAGUAAGCAUAUGUUAAAUCAUGAAAUUGCUGAAGGGAAACACUCAGUUACUUGUAAAGUUUGUGGCAAGAUGCUUUCGUCACAUGUCAACUUGCGUCGCCACAUGAUGAUUCACACGGGAAAGCCUUUCACAUGUGAGAUGUGUGGGAAAGGAUUUACAGGACGUUACUUGCUGCGAGAACAUUUAGCAAUGGAACAUAAUCAGAUGUCCUCAAACAAACAAACCCCAACAAAUCACCAGUGUCAUGUAUGCAAGAAAUACAUGUCUACUAAGACAGCUUUGCAAUACCAUCAGGCACAGUUACACACUUGUGUGAAAUGCAAUGUAAAAUUGCCUUGCAGAACGAGCUUGCGAGACCACGUGUUGCAAGUCCACGAUCAAGUUAGUGUAACUAAAGAAGGCCGUUUAAAGUGUACUCAGUGUAAUAAGACAUUUAAUUAUAGACACCAUUACCUCAAUCACGUGGCUCAACACUCUGAUGAAAAAAAGCAUGAAUGUCAAAAGUGUAAAAAAGGAUUUUUGACCAGCCAAGCUUUAUAUUGUCACACAAAGCAAGUUCAUGAGAAGUACAAUUAUCGUUACCCAUGUGAAGUGUGCGAAAAAGUAUUCAUAUGUAAUGCAAAAUUAGUAGAACACAUGAGAACUCACACAGGAGAGAAGCCAUUUGAAUGUGGUAUAUGCAGUGUCGCUUUUGCUGCCAAGGCUACUUAUAAAUCUCACAUGAGGGUGGUUCAUAGUCAAACUCCAAAACAGAAAAGUAAAGAUGUGCCUUUAUUGUAUAAAUAUAAUUGUCCAUUGUGUAAUGUUGAGGAUCUAAAAGCAGACGAGUUAGAAAAUCACUGCUGGAGUAAACACAAUGCAACUGUGCAGUUUUCCUACGAGGUGCCAGAGAAAUUACCCCAGGAAGCUGUCAAGGUAGAUGGCACCAAAAGUAUCGUCUUAUCCAGAGCAAAUGCAAAUAUUUCAACUUUAGAAGGUAGUAAAGAGAUUGUUUUAUCUGAAGGAAGUACUGAAAUAGUUGUAUCUGAUGGAAAUACAGAAAUUCUUCUGUCAGAAGAAAGUACAGAAAUUGUUGUUUCAGAGGAAAGCUCAGAUUUACACUUGUUUGUUAAUGAAGGAAGUAAAUCUGCAAGAACAGUAAUGUUGUGCAAGAUAGUGACACACUAACUUGAGACAUUCUAAUACAGUACAGUGCACACUGCUGCACUACUGAAGGAUGUAAUAGGAAUUAUUUAACUUGAUACUGUAUAUACUGUAUGUGUGUGUGUGAUUUUUUAACUCGCUGGCCAUCUCUCACUGAAGCAAGGUGACCUGAAAAAGAAACGCUUUCGGCAUCAUUCACACUAUCACUGUCGUGCCGGAGGAGUGCGGAUACGACAUUUCAGACAGUGAUGGUGUGAAUGAUGGUAAAAGCAUUUCUUUUUCGGGUCAUCCUGCCUCCGUUGGAGACAGCCAGUGUUAAAACUAUGUAUAUAUAAACUAUGGCCUUCCUGUGGAUAAACUAGAUAUCUCCCUCUAGUUUUAAGUGAGUUGGCUGUGGACCUGUUUUCAAAAUGUAUGGAAAAUUAUUAAGACAAUUGCCAGAUAUAUCUAUAUUCAGAA